GCAAAGAAAUUUUUGUUUUCUUUUUGGAUAAAAUAGGUGAUGGAACUUCUGAAGCUCUCAAAGUUCAAGCUCCAACUUCAAUCCCUAAUUUCCGAAGUUCGAUAUCUCAGGGACAGAGAACGCUCUGCCACGGAACAGCACCGCCAACAAAUCCAGAGGCAGAAGCAGAAUGAGGAAGAGUUGACUAUGAAGAUACAGGAAUUGCAGCAAGAGUUAGCUUCGGUCAAAGAAGAGUGCCAGAAACUGGAGAGACAGGUAAAUUACCUACAGAAUGAUAAUGCGAUGCUUGAAAGCAAGCACAAAGAGUUGAAGGGAACCCUAAAUAGCGUGCUACAGUCUAGGGAGAAUUUCGUGCAUGCUUAUGAGGAAUCUACUGCUCAAAUGAAACGUUCAAUUGAAACCAAAGACAGGAUGAUCAAUGUUCUUUCAGAGAAAAUAAACUCUCACUUGUUGUUAUUUGAUUCGGUAGAGAAGGAGGUGUUUUAUGUCAAGCAAAUUGUGGACAAAGUGCAGAAUCUUGUAAAUGAUAAAGAGGAAGUUGUGACUAGCCUGAGAAACAAAAUGGACCGGGUCUCUACAUUUGAAAAAGAAUUUGUAGAAAAUAUUACUGAUCUAAGAAAUAGACUGGAAAACAAUGAGGCUGAAUUACGAAGAAAGGAUAGAGUCAUCUCACAGCUAGAAGCAAAGCUGGAUGCGGCAAGACUUAGCAAUAAUGAUCGAGCUCAUAUAGAAGAAAUAAAGCAAACUUUAUCAGCAAAGGAUGUGGAGAUACAAAACUUAAUUUCAGAUAAAGAGGCAUUACAAUAUGAAGUUGGAAGUUUACAACACAUCCUACAGAGGAUUCAGGACACUAUAAUGAAUAUGAAUGAAGAGGACAAAAUGUUAUUCUCCUCAAUUUUGUCACAAAAAGAAGCAAGCACAACAGAUCUGAAGGCUACAAAUAAUAGGAUGGAAGAUAUUGUUCCGAGCAAGGAAGAGAAGGCUCAUGAACCUACUGAAUGCUGACUUAAAGGGCAGAGUUACCUAGGUGUAGCUCAAAAGCCGAAAAAAAAGGUGUUUGAAGAGCAUCAAUUUGCUGAAGGUUUGAUCAGAUCCUCCUAUGACAGCUUACAGCUGAUAAUCAAUAGAGGUGAAGGAGGCAGCAUUAUGAAAAUGCACGGAUAAUGCCCUGUCGAAGCAUGGUUUUGGUGCCACAAUUUUUCUUUUUGCCUCUCAUUGCUCAUUCAUCAUUGACAAUGCCACAAAUUCCCUUUUAAUCCUGUAUGCUGUAUUGGAUGGUCAUUUGAUAAUGUAAUGUCUGGUUCCUUUUUAUUAUUAUUAUUAUUACUAUUUUUUUGGGUGGGGGCUGUCAUAUUUAUAUACAAUUACAAACUCCAAU